GCCGAGCUGAGAGCACGCGCCUCACUGCCUCCCCGUGCUAUCGUAAACGUAACGUUUCGAUUUCGAAAUUUGAAAAUUAUUUAUUUUUAAAACUUAAAGUAGAAAAGUUUUUUUCAUUAAAAUUUCAAGCUGUGUUUUUUGUGUUUAGUAGUGAUAUAAGUUUUGUAUAUUUUGUGACUUUUUGGUGACUUCGAUUGCAGCAUGUAAUCCCAUAAGUUCAUCAAUGACAAUUAAUUUGAAAACAAUAACAACUAACCUUCAACUGUAAUAUGAACCUCUGAAUAUUCAAAAUGGAGUCAACAGACGACGAAUUUUAUAGUAUAUGCCUGAACCUCACCUCUGAAGAAGCGAUUCUUGGAAACUGUAACUACAGCGCUGAAUUUGAAAAUGGAGAACUGCUCGAGAAAGUGGUGUCCAGGGUUGUGCCAAUUUUCUUCGGUUUUAUUGGAAUAGUUGGUUUAGUUGGCAAUGCUCUGGUCGUCCUGGUCGUUGCUGCCAACCCUGGCAUGCGCUCCACUACCAACCUGCUCAUCAUUAAUCUGGCCGUAGCUGAUCUUCUCUUCGUGAUAUUCUGCGUCCCUUUCACCGCAACGGAUUAUGUAAUGCCCAGAUGGCCUUUCGGAGACUGGUGGUGCAAAGUAGUCCAGUACUUCAUCGUUGUGACGGCCCACGCUUCCGUAUAUACCCUGGUCCUCAUGUCCCUCGACAGGUUCAUGGCAGUUGUUCAUCCAAUCGCAUCGAUGUCGAUUAGAACCGAGAGGAAUGCGCUGCUAGCAAUAGCCUGCAUCUGGGUUGUGAUACUAACUACAGCUAUUCCUGUGGGAAUCUGCCAUGGGGAAAGAGAGUACUCGUAUUUCCACAGGAAUCAUUCCUCUUGCGUGUUUCUGGAAGAGCAUGGAUACAGCAAGUUGGGAUUUCAGAUGUCCUUCUUUCUGUCAUCAUAUGUGAUACCUCUCGCGCUGAUCAGCGUCCUGUAUAUGUGUAUGCUGACAAGGCUAUGGAAGAGCGCUCCCGGAGGGAGGGUGUCCGCGGAGAGCAGGAGGGGGAGAAAGAAAGUGACCAGGAUGGUAGUGGUCGUCGUUGUCGUCUUUGCUGUUUGCUGGUGCCCUAUCCAGAUCAUCCUGCUGGUAAAGGCGCUGGACGCAUACAAUAUCACUUACUUCACGGUGACUGCGCAGAUCGUGUCGCACGUCCUCGCCUAUAUGAACAGCUGCGUCAACCCGGUGCUGUACGCCUUCCUCUCCGAGAACUUCAGGGUCGCUUUCCGAAAGGUGAUGUACUGCCCUCCACCGUACUCCGACGCGGUCUCCGGCCGCCCACAACCCACGAAGACGACCAGGACUGGCAACGGCAACUCCUGCCACGACAUUGUUUGAGACUCGCGCCGUCGGCCCCGCCACGGCACGGAUCAAGUAACCGUCGUCUAAAUGGCCGACUGUCAACAAAUCCAGGUCUAACCUGACCUUUAUCAACAACCUUCGAUCUAUCGUUGUCAAAUCGCGCUUUAACUGAACAAAUUAAAUCUCGAUCUGAUUCCCCCGUUUGUAAAUAAUGUAUGCCGCAUGAUAUUUAGAUAUUUGUAAAUAUGUUUUAAUGUAAUGUACAUAAGAGCGUUUUCAUAUAAUGAGCCCGUAUGAAGAUGCAUGUAAAAAUGUAAAUCUAUAUUAGUAGGUAUAAGGCAUAAACAUCGAAAUAAGUAUGUAGCUUUUUUGUAUAUACUAGAUGUAGAAAUAUAUGUUACUGACUGAAACUGUUAUAGUAUGUUACGAUUAUUUAUUCAAGUGUUAACAUAGAUGUAUGAGAUACAUUCGAUGUUUCGUUUAGUCGUAUAAUAAGUGAUCGUUAAUGUAUUCGACAUAAAUUUAAAAUAGUAAAUAAAUGUUUUUAUAA